AAGAAAGAGGAAAUUAGCUUUUUUUUAUACGAGUAAUUCAUUAUUUCGGGAAUAUCCUCGAGGGAAAGGUUCAAAUCUUACACGAGGAUUAAAUUAAAUUAUGAUAGAAUAAUUAGUCAGUCCACAUCACAAUUAUUUUAGUCUCAUUGAUAUCCCUUGGUAUCUCCGUACUAAGGUUAUGGUUUGCAUUUUGUGAACAACUCUACAAUUUUUUUUUUUUUUUGGUUUGUAAAUCCAACAACUCACCUCUUUAAUCCAAAAAAAACGGAAAAAAAAAAAAGAAAAAAAAAAAGAGAAGGGUUGAUGGCAGUGGAAGAGAUAGAUAUAGUGAUUGUUGGUGGUGGAAUUGGUGGUUUAGCUACUGCUCUUGCUCUCCACAGGAAAGGUAUUAAGAGUGUGGUGUUAGAGAGGUCAGAUACAUUGCGAGCGACAGGAGCUGCUAUUGGUGUUUUGCCUAAUGGCUGGCGUGCCCUCCACCAGCUUGGUGUUGACUCCAGUCUUCGAUCAACUGCUAUUGCACUUCAUAAUGCAGUUGAUCUUCAGGCUGAGACUGGUGUGGAACGAAGGUUUCUUUUGUGUGAAGGGGAGGCUCGUUGUAUAAGAAGAAGUGAUCUCAUUGAAGCCUUAGCAAAUGCGCUACCACAAGAGACUAUACGUUUUGGCUGCCAAGUAGUAUCUAUAAAUGUUGAAAGAUCAUGUUCGGAUGCAGUUCUUCAACUCCUUGACGGGAGCUUAAUCAGGGCUAAGGUGUUAAUUGGCUGUGAUGGAGCAAACUCAGUCAUUGCUAAUUACAUUGGCUUAAAGCCUUCUCGUCGUUACUCCACAUGUUCAGUCAGAGGCCUGGCUCGAUAUCCAAAUGGUCAUGGAUAUGCUCCUGAGUUCUUGAGGGUAAGAACAAAAAAGCAUUUAGUUGGAAGAGUUCCAAUUGAUGAUAAGACAGUAUACUGGUAUGUUUCGCUGCGCUGGGUACAAGAAGAUGCUGAUAUGCCAAAGGAUCCUGCUUCCAUCAAACAAUUGACAUUGAGCAUGACAGCGGGUUUACCUAAGGAUAUCGUGGAGAUGAUAGAGAACACUGACUUAAGCACUUUUUCAGCCACACGACUGAGAUAUCGAGCCCCAUGGGAUUUACUUUCAGGAAACUUUCGCAAAGAAACUGUAACAGUAGCUGGAGAUGCUUGGCAUGUUAUGGGUCCUUUCCUUGGGCAGGGUGGGUCUGCAGCUUUGGAAGAUGCAGUUGUUCUUGCUAGAUGUUUAUCAAAGAAGAUACGCAUUGCUGAUGUGAACGAGAGCAUUAUGCAUUUGUCAGCACAGAAGGCUAUGGAAGCUCUGGAUGACUAUUUGAAGGAGAGGAGGCAGCGAGUAGUACUCUUAUCCAUCCAAACUUACCUCACAGGUUUAUUGGCAGUCGAGAAACCCUAUUUUCUGUUGAAAUUCCUGUGCAUCAUACUCCUGUUUGUUUUUUUCCGAGAUCUGCAAAAACCCCAAAAAUAUGACUGCGGUGAACUCUAAGACCUUUCUGAUGCUGCCACUGAAGUAGUUUCUAUAUAUCUGGGUUGGAUAUUUCACUUUUACUCAUCCUCAUCCUCAAACAAGUAACAAUUAAUAAUAUAAGAUGAUGAGCAUUAGCACCAACUUUUUUGGUGCAAUGUGAAAUCCUCUUAUGAUUGUAUUCUGAAAGAGUUUUAUGUACUGUAUCAUGUCAUCGAACUUAGUCUAAUCUGAUGAUCUGAUCGAUGUACUACAGUCAAAGGUAAGGCAUGUAUAUGCAACUCUUCUAAAUUAUCUUCUUGCUUC